ACAAAGGUGUAUAGAAAAAAAUAAUCUUGAAUGUGCCGUAUAUAUAUAGUUGAGACAAACCCCCAAAUUUCUCUUUCAGUUUCCCACAAUCUUAACAAAGAGGAAAGGAUAGAGAAAGAAAGAAACUUACAAAAGAAUAACCCUUACACAAUUUGCCCUAACCCUCGAUUACAUUUUCAAUCUCUCUCGAACAUUUACAUUCAUCCAUUUUAGUUACAUACGUGAAAACUUGAGAAAUCAACACACAAUUUCAUUGAACUUCUGUUUUUUCGGCGACACCUGAAAUUUGGAUCUCCCAAAAAAAAUUUGAAGGGGUUGCAAGAACGAACGAUUGACCAACAUAGAUUUCCCCUUCAACGUAUAUGUAUGGGCUAACUUGUGCUUUUCAUGGGAGGUGUAGAGGAUGGCCAACCACCCUACAAGCGGCUGAGAUUAUCUUGUGCAGGAUCAAGCAAUCUUUCUAGUGGCUUAAGAGCUGAAGAACAACCCGCAGCUGCUCGCUCUUUGAGGGAUCUGAUGGCUCGACCUAUACAAUGCCAAGGGGAAGAAGAGGUGAUUGGUUCAAGAGGGGUGAUCAAAAAAUUAGAGUUUGUCCGACUUAUAGCUGGUGCCUUGUAUGCUCUUGGUUAUGAACGUAGUGGUGCUUGCCUAGAGGAAGAAUCUGGUAUACCAUUGCAGACUGCUGCAGUAAAUUUGCUUAUGCAACAUGUUCUGGAUGGGAGGUGGGAUGAAAGUGCCUUGAUAUUGCAAAGCAUUGGUGUAGAGGAUGAAACUAUAGUAAAAACAGCUAAGUUUUUGAUCUUGGAGCAGAAAUUUUUUGAGCUUUUAGAUGACGGAAAGACAAUGGACGCUUUAAACACAUUGAGGACUGAAAUAUCACCUCUGCAUAUAAAAACAAGUAGAGUGCAUGAGCUUUCUUCUUGUAUUCUUUAUCAUCCACAGAGUCAAAAUGGAUUUGCACGCAGAGACUCUAUGAAAGGAAAAUUGCGUUCAGAAGUUCUUGAUGAACUGCAGAAAUUGCUUCCUCCUACAAUAAUGGUACCUGCUAAAAGGCUGGAAUAUCUAGUGGAACAGGCCUUGAAUUUGCAGCGUGGGGCCUGCAUGUUUCACAACUCUGCAGACUGGGAGAUGUCAUUGUAUACUGACCAUCACUGCGGAAGAGACAAUAUCCCUAGUCGUACUUUGCAGGUUAGUUUAUUUUUCCAUAUCUGUAUAAAGCUUCUUGUAAUUGUGCUCCCCUCGCCUUUCCUCCUCUUUCUCUGUGAUUUUAGGUUUUCUAUUAGCACAAUAUUCAUUGUGGUGUUUUACUUUGCUCUUCUAUUGGAAGGUAAAUUGAGAUUUUGGUUCUCAGAGUGGAUAUAGUUUCAAAAGGUUUGCUGUUAUUUUUGGUCUAUCAAUCAAAUCACUUAUAUUUGCAUUGCAAGCACUUAAGGUUUCUUUCAAUGUUUAAGGAACUUCAUUAUCAUGGUUCUUGUAACUUGUGCUUCAAUCACAAUUGCAAUACUUCAAUUCCAAAGUGAUGGCACACAAACUGGAGUUUAGAGCACACUGUCUUUUAGAAGUACGUAGUUUAAUGAUUCUUUUAAAUUUAUAAUAAGGGUCUCUGCAAGUACCUUACUCUGCUACGUUGUGUAUCUUGUGAUGUUUGCUGUUUUGUGCUCGUGGUUCUUGUAAAUUGUAAGCAGUAUAUUUCUCUCUUCUUUCCUUAGCCUUUUUUUAUGAAGAUGGAGGAUUAUCUACCGGGGAUUUAGCUUGCUUUGACAUCCUACUAAUAGGAAAGUGAAAAUCCAAAAUCCUAUUUAUCAGAUGCUUCAUCAAAAUUGCAAUACUUUAAUUUCAAAGUGAUGGCAUACAAACUGGAGACUAGGGCACACUGUUCUUUAGAUGUACGUAAUAGAAUGAUUUUCUUUAUAAAGUUGUCUUCAAGUAUCUUAUUUUUCCACCUCGUCUAUCUUGUGAUGCUGUUUUCUGCUCAUGUGGCAAAGUCAAUUGACUAAAAAGGUCACUGCAACGCAUCACAUCAUCUUACUUGUAACUUAUUAUAACUUCAGGAAUCUCUUGCUAUCUACCUAUAAAGGAUCUUAAGUAAUUUCCUCUUUGAACCAAGGAUGAAACUGGGGUUUUAAUCUAGUACUUGCUGAAAUCCAAACACAAUCUUCUUGCAUAUAUCUUAACAUUGCCUCUGUUCAUUGAACCUUUAUGUUUCCUCCUCUUCUUGCUAUUUUAAUACUCCUUUCCUGUGUUCAAAGGAGUUG